UGAAGUUCUAUAUGUUCAAACAUGAUAUUAAUUCUCUGAUUGAAUCUUUUCAGAAAUAAUGAAGGGAUAUUGGCAGCACGCAGAAGUUGAACAGCUUGAGAAAAACUUCAAUGCUUUUGUAAAGGAACACAAUGUGACAAAUCCAUAUGAUUUACUCAAACAUAAGGCUCUUAAGAAAGGGCCAAGAAAAUCAUAUCUUAUGAACCUCAUAAGAAGGGAGAACUUCUACAUUAAGCUUGCAUUUGGAAUUAGGAGAACUUUGUAUUGCUGCUAUGUCAAGGCCAGGACAAUGUACCAUCCACUUCAUCACAAGGGAAGAAUGAGUGAUGAAAAUAUUAAAAAGCUAAAGGUCCUACAAAAUGAAUAUGGUAACAAAUGGACCAUGAUUGGUGAGAAAUUGGACCAUAGUGGAUGGGCUUGUGUUAGUUCUUAUCGUUCACAUUGUUCAAAAAAGAACCAAGGAAUUUGGAGUAAAGAAGAGGAAAUUCAGUUGGUCCAGGCCAUCAAAGAUGAACUUGAGACUGAAGAUAUAGAAGAUCUGUUCUAUGGCUUGCC